AUGACUCUUUUCGCAUUCUUACGAUCCUGUCCCCCUCCCAGAAAUUUUCCAACACCACGCGUACCCGCCAGUGGUAUCCCCAUCGAGGUCGUGCUGACCGUCUUAGAGGCCGCAUAUUUUGAUGAGAGAGAUGAUCCUGACAUCGAUCUCCUAAAUAAGUGCACGCUUGUUUGCAGAGCAUGGUCCAUACAUGCUCAGAAGCUCUUGUUUCGACGCGUUCGCCUCCGUUCUCAAUCAGCGUUUGAGUCGUUUACUCAGGCUGUCAACCGGAGUUCCCCGCGCGGGCGCUUGCUCGGUGACGCUGUCAUCCAAAUGCGCGCGGUCCUUGAUCAUAACCAGCCUGGGUCCCUCGACCAAUCAUCGCUCGCCGUUGCAGUGGCCAAUUGCCCUAAUUUAUACGAGCUAGAUAUCGCUCAGUACGGGUGUGUCGCUCCUGGUAAAGAUGUUGUUGGAAGUCCUACCCAGGAACGCAUGCGGCGUCCCGCUCCGUCUUUUGACGAGCGUUCUCUGGAAUUACUCAGAUCUGGCCCUCGCAUCACGGCUCUGCACUUCAGCAACUGGUCGGAGAACGAUCAUGCUGUUCUCCAACUUCUCGAAGUUUGGCAUUCGUUAAAAUCAUUGUCUAUCACUGGAACAUCCCCCGUCCUAUCUCCCGGCAUGACGUAUCCUCCAUUCCCUUGCGCUCUAGAAGAACUGCGCCUGAACUGCCAAAGAGAACCUGCCAAGGAAUUUCUCGGCUGGCUCUUGCAUCGCUCCGCGGAAGAAAAAAGUUUACGAGUCAUUGAUCUAGAACGUCAACCGAGUCCUGAGCUUCUAGACUACCUCGUCGAGAAGCACAGCGAAACAUUGCACUCGCUCGCCAUUCCAUCUUUUGCUACGCAUGAGCACGCACAUGCCGCGAUGCGCUGCCGCUCUCUUCGUGAGCUUCGCACCGAGAGCUCGUGGUCUUCUCCCGUCGUUUGCCGUCAGAUGCCAGAGUCUAUACAACAUCUGGCAUUCGGGCUCGACAUGGACACCAUUCUCCACCCUAUCAUUGAUCUCGUCAAGACUCGGGACGACCUGCAAGCUGUAACGGUCAAUAUUUGGCGCGACGGCGACCGCCAUCCCCAGCUCGCAUCUCUCCAGAUGACUUGUGCAUACCGCGGCGUUGACCUCCGUUUAACGCGGGACGUGCGAAGAAUGCGCAUGAUGGUGCGCGGGGAUCCUGUUGUGCCGCCAACUUAUCCACGUAUUCAGACUCUCGACAGCAUGCAGCCUGCUGUUCGCUCUACCUUUGUGGCAUAA